UCGAGCAGUCCAGUUGUAGCAGGCUGGUAGAUGUAGCUCGCCCCCAGUCUACCACCAGCGCAACAAGCCUGUCAGCCGUGCUGUUCACACGGUCUGUGUACACAGAAAAUGCCCGGAAAGUGAUUUCCAGAGGACGGCAGGACUGCCCGGACACAGGCUCUGGAUUGGGUGGAGGUUCUCUGACCGCAUAACCCGGGUCUCCUGCGCCGUCUCCGCAGCAGUAGGCCUCAUGGAGCUGGGGACUCGACGCCUGCUGUGCACCAGGGAGCUCGAUCCAUGCCCGGUUCCCAGCAAACAACCAUAGAGGGUGGGAGCCUUACUUACCCCUCAAUUCCUUUUUCCCAUCCCUCCCCCUAAACUGCCCCUGUGGUGAUAUUGUUCUUUCCUGACUGUGGCUGCAUCAUGAUUGGCAAGCUGAAACAGAACUUGCUGGUGGCCUGUCUGGUCAUCAGUUCGGUCACAGUCUUCUACCUGGGCCGCCAUGCCAUGGAGUGUCACCAUCGCAUUGAGGAACGCAGCCAGCCAGGUGGAAUCCUGCCUCUUUCAGCACUGGGUGGCAGCAUGCGAACCACCUUACGGACAGGCCAGAAUCUUAGCACACCUUUUGUUUACAACAAAGACAUGCCACUCAUCUUCAUUGGUGGUGUUCCUCGCAGUGGGACCACACUAAUGCGAGCUAUGCUAGACGCCCACCCAGAGGUGCGUUGUGGCGAAGAAACUCGUGUCAUCCCACGCAUACUGGCCAUGAAGCAGAUGUGGAGCCGCUCGGGCCGGGAGAAGAUGCGACUUGAUGAGGCGGGUGUGACAGAUGAGGUGCUGGACGCCGCCAUGCAGGCCUUCCUGCUGGAAAUCAUUGUCAAACACGGUGAGCCCGCUAACUUCCUCUGUAACAAGGACCCUUUUGCACUGAAGUCGCUUUCUUACCUGGCCAAGAUCUUUCCCCGUGCCAAGUUUGUGCUUAUGAUUCGAGAUGGACGGGCUUCAGUGCACUCCAUGAUCUCACGGAAAGUGACCAUCGCCGGCUUUGACCUAGGCAGCUACCGGGACUGCCUGACCAAGUGGAAUCGGGCCAUAGAGACAAUGUACACUCAGUGCCUGGAGGCAACGGACAAAUGUCUACCCGUGCACUAUGAGCAGCUGGUCCUCCAUCCAGAGAAAUGGAUGAGGACACUGCUGAAAUUUCUUGACAUUCCUUGGAAUGAUGCUGUCCUCCGCCACGAGGAGCUCAUUGGAAAAGCAGGAGGAGUGUCUCUCUCCAAGGUGGAGAGGUCUACAGACCAGGUCAUCAAGCCAGUCAAUGUGGAGGCCUUGUCAAAGUGGGUGGGAAAGAUCCCAGCUGAUGUGGUGAGAGACAUGGCUGUCAUCGCUCCCAUGCUCUCCAGGCUGGGCUACGACCCUCACGCCAACCCCCCAAACUACGGUCGGCCUGACCCCAAAGUACUGGACAACACCAGAAGGGUCUUUAAAGGUGAAUUUCAGCUCCCAGAUUUCCUAAAAGAACAAUCACAGAUCCAGAAGUCUGCAGAGAAACCCAACCCCAGUUAGGAGUAGAGGAGCAUCAGCGCUACACCACAGUUCAGGAGUCUGUGCAGUGGAGCUCCUGUUCACGGACAUCGUCUCACCCAUCGCACCAUCCAUGUUGGGCCUCAGCACAUCUUAAGGGUCACAUGUCCACAGCAGGGCAGUCUCCUCUAGGGCUGGACCCGAAUAUCCGAAUAUUCGUUCGCUACGGCGGUAUCCUGUCUUUAACGGGGCCCGAAUAUUCGGAGGCCAGAAACCACUAUUCGGGCCAGCCCUAGUCUCCUCACCCUCCUCCUCACCCCCGCCUCCUCCUGUGGGCUGCUAUUACUGCUGGUCUUCGGGAGAACUCUGGGCCCUCGAUGUUGUACUGUACAGAAAGAAAAUCCUGGUCCUCAGCACCACCGAAUGUCUGCUGAUUGUCAUUUCAGUGUCACAUCACGCUCAUCGAUUUGUAGAAAUCAUUUUUGCCUAUUUAGAAAACAACUUUGAUUCUGUUGUAAGAAAUUGCAGUGAACUGAAAUCGCAACAAGUAUUUAUGAAUGGAAAAUUAGCUUUUGGAAGAUGCAAUACCUAUUUUAAUGUUUAAUUUUUUUCAUGCCUUUGUAUUGUGCAAUGUCAUGGGUACUGAUCAGUUUGACGUAUCAACCGUGAUAAACAAUGCUUUUUUCUAAA